GUCAAGUUCACCUGUGCACAACCAGGCCACAUAAAAAAGAAUGGCUUUGCACUCAACGAAGCAGUUGUUGAUUUUUUAAUGUCGCAAAAAUAUUCGUUGCACCCAAGAGAUUAUAACCAGCAGUAAAAAUGUUACCGGAGCGAAUAGUUCAAUGGUUUUUGAUUUGUGAAUUCGCUCUUAUCGUAAUCGGUAUAUCAAAUAACGAAAACCUCAUCGACGAAGAGUACCACAGGGCUGCUGAUAAACCUAAAGGUUUUCAACAAGCAGAUACCGAUGAUUUAAAGCGAGACUUGUGGUACGUUGGUCACAAUCCAAAAUAUUAUCAUUCAAGUGGAGCGUACGGACCUGUAGGACCUGAUAAUUUAGUAUACCAUAAGGAACACGAACCUUAUGGAUAUACUGGUGAAACACCACAAUAUGGUUACACGCCUGGUUAUGGAAUGUUUGCUGGUCACCCUAGUUCAUAUGGCUACCCUACUGGCAGUGGAGGUAUCCAUCCCUAUAUUCACAGUGGAGGAGUAAUACCUUAUGGUCACGGUGGAGGCCACCCUUACGAUGGUUAUGAACAAGACAACGGAUUUGGACUAAACGGGAUUAGCCAGUAUCUUAAAAAAAAAUUAACCUUCAAGAAACUGUUUUUACCACUAGCUGGUCUAGCGCUCAUAGCAGCAGCAGGGGUUCUAUCAAAAGCUAAUCCUGUUAUACUUCAGCUUGACGCCACCAACGUUGGUUCGCGAAUUAAACGAUCACUUGUUCAAGACAGUAAUAACAAGUAUAAAUACACCUCGU